AUGCUGUGUUGGGGGAAUGCAAAGGAUGGACAGUUGGGGAUUGGUGUGGAGGGGAACUCCAUGUUUGAGCCAAGGAACUGUCCCGUGUUCAGUGGCAGGGGACUGAAAGAGUUGGCCUGUGGAGGGCAACACACAAUGUUCCUGCUGCAUGAUGGUAGUGUGUACACAUGUGGUUCUAACAGCUAUGGGCAGCUGGGCCACGACAAACCAGGUACUUCACCAGAGCCAGUGGGAGCUCUGGAUACUCAGACGAUCACAAUGGUGUCGUGUGGUCGGGCCCAUUCUCUGGCGGUUAAUGAGCACGGUCAAGUGUUUUCCUGGGGAGCUGGUGAAGGGGGCCAGCUCGGCCUGGGGACUGCAGAGGCGGCUGUUCGAAUCCCAAGGUUGGUCAAAAGGCUGUGUGACCACCGGAUCUCUCAAGUAAUGUGUGGGAAUCAGCACUGCAUUGCACUAUCUAGAGAUGGCCAGCUGUUCACGUGGGGCCAGAACACCAGCGGUCAGCUCGGUCUGGGGAAAGGAGAGCCUAGCAAGCUGUUCCCUCAUCCCCUGAAGUCUCUGGCGGGAAUUCCUUUGGCACAGAUAACCGCCGGGGGAGACCACAGCUUCGCUCUCUCCUUGUCCGGAGCUGUAUUUGGUUGGGGCAAGAACAAAGCUGGACAGCUGGGUCUCAAUGAUAAACAAGACCGUGCUGUCCCAUGCCACAUCAAAUUUUUGAGAUCGCAGAAGGUUGUUCACAUCAGUUGUGGAGAAGAACAUACAGCAGCCCUCACCAAGGAUGGCGGCUUGUUUACAUUUGGUGAUGGCUCGUGGGGUCAGCUGGGCCAUGGCUCCACCAAUGACGAACUUUUACCCAGACGAGUGCUGGAGCUCAUGGGCACUGAGGUGUCCCAGAUCACCUGUGGCAGGCGUCACACGUUGGCGUUUGUGCCUUCCUCUGGUGUGGUAUAUGCGUUUGGUUGUAAUAGCCAUGGCCAGCUGGGCACAGGAAUGUUGGGAGAUGCCAGAAGCCCAUUUCCUGUCAAGGCUGGUUUCCUGACUGGAAAUAUCCACGGAACAGGGUCAAAACAAUAUACAGUGACCAAAAUCAUCUGUGGAGGAGACCAUAGUUUCUUAUUGUAUUCAAAUGAACAGAGUUUUGUCCCCCCAGAAGACUUCAGAGUGAUUAAUGUCAGUAAAUCACUCUCCCCAAUCAACUAUGAAAGAUUAAAUUCAUGGAGGUUAAAGCUGAUGUACAGCCCAGAUUCUAGUGUCACAAAUGACAUUGUAAUUCAUCUCUCCUCCACGGCUUGUUGGAACGCCAGCUUCUUGGACCAAAGUGAUGAUACCCACUUCAAAACCAACCCAAAGAUCCCAGGCAUCGACCUCAACGCUGUCAGAGUGCUGUUUGAGACGCUCAGCAAACCGGCCUUCUCUGGACUGCUGGAGCAGGCCAGCAAGAGUUUUGAGAGUCUGUUGAUCCCUCAGCUGCCACGCUCCCCUCCUGACGUCGAGGCCAUGAGGAUCUACCUCAUCUUGUCUGAGUACCCGGCACUGCUGGACUCCAAGAACUACAUCCGCCUCACUAUUCCCCUGGCAAUGGCCAUCCUCCGGCUAGACGCCAACCCCAGCAAAGUACUGGAUAACUGGUGGUGUAUUGUAGACGGCAGUGUGUUCACCAGAAUGGUCGACAUGUACAAGAGCAUCGUUGUGUUUAUGCUAACGGGAGGCAAGACGCUGCUCGUACCAGUGUUCUAUGAGAAUUAUUUUGUUGCCACGCUGAGGCUGCUGGAGAAACUCCACAAGGUAAACUUAAAGGCGGGCCAUGUGGAGUACCACCGCUUUUAUAUCCCUGACAUCACCAGCCUGGUGGACAUCCAGGAAGACUACCUCAAAUGGUUUCUGAGUAAAGCUGAGAUUAAAGUGGGAUCAUCCUCCCCUGCGCAGAGUGACUUUCCCUCAGUGAACCUAUGUGCCUACCCAUUCAUACUGAACGCUCAAGCCAAGACCACUAUGCUGCAAACAGAUGCUGAACUGCAAAUGCAGAUGGCAGUCAGUGGUGCAAACCUGCACAAUGUCUUUAUGCUGCUCACACUGGAACCCCACCUUGCUAGGAACCCUUACUUGGUGCUCCAUGUGCGCAGGAACCAUUUAGUAAGUGACACACUACGUGAGCUCACCAUGUACUCUGAUGUGGACCUCAAGAAACCGCUCAAGGUGAUCUUUGAUGGAGAGGAGGCCGUAGAUGCAGGUGGAGUAACUAAAGAGUUCUUCCUGCUGCUGUUAAAGGAGCUAUUGGAUCCUGUAUAUGGGAUGUUCACUCAUUACAAUGAGUCCAACCUGCUGUGGUUCUCAGACAAAUGUUUCGUUGAGCAGAACUGGUUUCACCUGAUUGGGAUCAUCUGCGGUCUGGCCAUCUACAACUCCACAGUGGUGGACCUCCACUUCCCUCUGGUUCUCUACAAGAAGCUGCUUGAUGUCUCACCGACACUGGAGGACUUCAAGGAGCUCUCACCCACAGAGGCCAGGAGUCUACAACAACUUCUAGACUAUGAAGGAGGCGAUGUGGAGGAGACGUUUCUCCUCAACUUUGCUAUCACGAGGGAGAACUAUGGGAUAACAGAAGUCAAGGAGCUCAUUCCUGGUGGAGAGAGCGUCAGUGUGGACAAAAACAACAGGAAGGAGUUUGUGGAGGCCUACCUGCGCUACGUGUUCUCAGACUCGGUGAGCGAGCAGUACUCGGCCUUCUCCUCCGGCUUCCUGAAGGUGUGCGGGGGGGAGAUCCUGUCGCUGUUCCAGCCCUCUGAGCUGAUGGCCAUGGUGGUCGGCAACAACGACUACAACUGGGAGGAGAUGGAGAAGAAUGCUGUUUACAAGGGAGAAUAUACAUCUACUCAUCCAACAGUCAGAUUGUUUUGGGAGGUUUUCCACGAGUUUCCUCUAGAAAAGAAGAAGCAGUUCUUAUUGUUCCUGACCGGGAGCGACCGUAUCCCCAUCCACGGCAUGGAAAGCCUGCGCAUCGUCAUCCAGUCCACCACAGCGGAGGAGCACUACCUGCCGGUGGCUCACACCUGCUACAACCUGCUCGACAUGCCCCGCUACCAGACCAAAGAGAUCCUGCGCCGCCGUCUCACUCAGGCUGUGGAGCAGUACGAGGGCUUCAGCCUGGUCUGAGGAGGGGGGGAUCUGCUGCAGUUUUAAUGCACUUUAAACAGCAAUACACCACCAUGUCAGUGUCAGAAGAGUGUUGCGGGGGAUGUCGGUACACAGGAAGGUCACUUUCUUUAUAUAUGCUCUUACAAGAUUCUUAAGCAUCUUGAAACUGAAAGGUCUAUCUAUGUAAAUGCAGAGUAUUACUGUUUUUAUUGCUUUGGGCAAAGCUUCUUUAAAAUAUAUUUUGAAGGCUGAUGUGUGGAUAUUUAUUCGAAAUGUAUCACAGUCCUGAAAUAAAAAUGAAAACACGGGAUAAUAAACAUUUUGGGACCUAAAAUUAAAGUCAAGAGAAGGUGGAGCAUCUCUGACUUUGGUUUGCUAGUGUUAUUUUAGUCUCUCUUUUUUUUGUGUAUUUUAUAUAUAACUCCUUAAAUUCUAUUUUUCACCUUUAAAGAAUUAUGUUAUUACCUUGAGACAAUAUGUGCUUUUUGUUACUUUUAAUUUAUUAAAUAGAGUGGUUAUUUUUUGACAAUAUAAAAAUGUAUAUAUACGUAUGUAAAUGGCACUUUGAAUAUAAUCUUUGCCCUUGACAUUGGGAGGAGUACUCAUCCCACUGAUCCUUUUAAAUCUGGACACCAGCAUGUCCUCUCUGCCUGAAACUAAAGGACAGCUGAAGAGUAUCUGUCAGGCAGAAGGGUGCAGGAUGAGACGAGGUGAAUAUUAUUCGCUAUCCCUGAUUACUUUUUAGCUGUGGAUCACAGAGCAGCUGACUUUGUCUUGAACCUGCAUUCAACAGUGUUGCCUUCUACAGCAAAACCUACACGAAAAGCUGACUUUUAAAGUCGAUUUUUUUGUGGUUGUUGUAUGUGUGCAUGUUGUUGAGUGAAAGCAAAAAAAACCCUGUCAUUGAAAAUGUUUGACAUUUUGGGACAUAUGCUUAUUGGCUUUAUGACAGAGCUGGCUGAGAAGUUCAUGUUUGUCCAUUAAAUGUAGCAGUCGGUUAGCUUAGCAGAUAGACUGGAAAGGGGGUGAAACAGCAACCACUAAAGCUCAGUAAUUACGUUAACAUAUGUUGAUUGUUUAAUUCAUACAAAAGGCUGUGUAAAAACGACAAUUCAACACUUUACAUGGGUUCAUGUGUCCACUAUUUCUUAGCUAGUCAUUGUUACACCGGAUUCUGUGACCCAGAUGGGAAAGGACUUUCAGCCAGGCUUAUAUUGCCAACUCAGAUGUUUGUUAUUCAUUUAUUAUACCUAUUUUUCCUUUAUUUAGGUAGUUGUUACCCAACAUGUUGCCACUGUAGUAUUUAGAAAUGGCCAAACAUUUUGAUUUUCAGGUAAUGCUUGUUGGCUGGCAACUGCUCAGUCAGCAAAUAGCCAGUAGCAUACCCACAAAACAGCAAAUUUUCGUUUUUACACUUCACUUUUUGUGCAAAUUAAACAAAUUACAAAUAACAUGUUAAUUUGUGAGCUUUAGGGGUGCUAGUUGGCAAAUUUUAUAAUGGCUGUACUGAGCCAGAGAGGUGCCAGUCUUUUUGGUAGGCUAAAGCUAAAUGGCUACUAGCUGUAGCGUCAUCUUUAAGGAGCCAUGCUAACUCGCAUCCAGAAAGCCAAUAAACUUAAUUUCAAAAUGUUAUUUAUAAAACUAAAUAUAUAAUCAUUAAAAUCAGUAAUUGUAAUUAGCUUGUUUCCAGAUAAUUAAAUUGUGACAUUUGUGGCAGGAUGAAGUGCACAUUUAACGGUUUGGGCAGAUGACCUAUUAAAUACAAAUGUUAGGUUAAUCACUUGUUUCAAAAACUUGCCCUGAUACUGUAUUUCUUCCUACAGUCAAACCUCUUAAUCCACAAUGUUUAAUUAGUUUGUGCAUUGGCAUGUGUGUGAAAUUGUCUUGCAUAUAUAUAUAUAUACAUAUAUUUUUAUAUAUUUCAUACAUGACAGUGGUAUAAAAGUGACUUCAGGCAGUAGAUGACUUGAUGUGUCCUAACUAACAGGUCACACUGACACAUCCAUUUAGCAAUAACAACCUGAAACAGUCCAGUAAUGUAGUGGUAACUCUGGGUUAUUCUUCUAAAGGUCUUAAACACUGGACUCUUCUGAGAUGUUUCUUAGGACAGUUCAUCCUCUUGCUUAGCCCUAUACUGCAUGUACACCCGUUCUACAUGUUUGUCUAAUUAAAGCUGAUUUCUCCCGCAGAGUAUAGUCCUAUGCAAAGGUUUGUGCAGCCGUCGACUUUUUGCACCUUUGAACGUGUUACAGAAAAUGUGAAUUUUGCAUAUUUGUCUGAAGUCUACACAAAGCUCUCUGUUCUAGCCAUGUUUUUAUAAUAAAACAAUACAGUGUAAAAGCA